CAUUGUCAGCAAGCAGCAAAGUGGACGACAGUACAGAGGAAAACAGACUGAUAGUGAACGAGGAGGCAGGACUGAGGGAGUUAUGGCCGGUGUUGCCUUCAGGACACAUUCAAGCUCUUUCGCUCUAGGAGCACAGCUGACCACUUCAUCGUCCACCCUUCCCUUUUCCUUACACUGUGCUCCCUCCUCUUCCUCUCUGAGACCAUGGAGGAAGCUGCCAACAUCACAGAAACCCCACCAGCUGUACCAGUUCUCUUGGAGCGACAAGUUCGCCAGCAAAAGCCUGCAGUGUCAGUCCUUAAAUCAAAGCUUAAGCAAGCUGUAACUUGCUCUGUGCCCAGAAUCCGAUCCACCCUGUCGGGGUUCUUCCCUGUGAUGCGCUGGUUGCCUAAAUACAACGUUAAAGAGUAUGUCUGGGGUGAUGUGAUGUCUGGGAUGAUUGUAGGUAUCAUCUUGGUACCACAGGCCAUUGCUUACUGCCUGCUGGCAGGGGUGGAGCCCAUCUAUGGCCUAUACACCUCGUUUUAUGCUAACAUCAUCUACUUCCUCAUGGGGACAUCCAGGCAUGUGUCUGUAGGCAUCUUCAGCCUCAUGAGCCUCAUGAUUGGACAGGUGGUGGAUAGGGAGGUGUUCCGGGCAGGUUUUGACCUCAAUGAGGACUCAGCAGUGUCUAAUAUUGAUGUCCUUAAUGAUACAGUGGGCAUAAACCUCACAGUCACUAAAGUUCACACUGUGGAGUUAAUGGGUAUGCAGUGUGGGAAGGAGUGUUACGCCAUCAGCAUUGCUGUUGCUGUUACAUUCCUGGCCGGUGUCUACCAGGUUUUGAUGGCAGUGUUUCGACUGGGAUUUGUCUCAGUUUACCUUUCGGCUCCCAUGCUUGAUGGCUUUGCCACCGGAGCGUCCUUCACCAUCCUGACCGUGCAGGCUAAAUACCUCCUGGGUCUAAAGAUUCCACGUCACCAGGGCUAUGGCACAGUAGUCGUUACCUGGGUCAACAUCUUCUCUAACAUUCACAAGACCAACCUGUGUGACCUCAUCACUAGUGCCAUCUGUAUCUCAAUAUUAGUGGCAGCAAAAGAGAUUCAGGAACGCUAUAAGGAUCGUCUGAAGAUGCCUCUACCCACUGAGCUUGUAGUAGUGGCCGGAGCUACACUGGCCAGUCAUUUUGGAGAGCUGAACAGCCGUUAUGGCUCUAGCGUUUCUGGUCACAUCCCCACAGGGUUCAUGCCUCCCCAGCUGCCCGGCUUUAGUCUGAUGUCCCGUGUGGUGCUGGAUGCCAUUCCUUUGGCAGUCAUUAGUUUUGCCUUCACGGUGUCUUUGUCUGAAAUGUUUGCUAAGAAACAUGGCUACACCGUUCGUCCCAACCAGGAGAUGCUGGCUAUCGGCUUCUGUAAUAUCAUUCCCUCCUUCUUCCACUCAUUCACCACCAGUGCAGCACUGGCAAAAACAAUGGUGAAGGACUCAACUGGCUGCAAGACACAGGUAUCAAGUCUGAUCAGUGCCCUGGUAGUCCUCCUUGUCCUCCUCUUCUUUGCACCUUUCUUCCAAGCUCUCCAGAAAUGCGUGCUUGCUUGUAUCAUAAUUGUUAGCCUUCGGGGGGCACUGAGAAAGUUCAGGGAUGUUCCGGCUAAGUGGCGUGCGAGCCGAAAUGACGCCAUCGUUUGGCUGGUUGCCAUGUCAGCCACGGCUCUGAUCAGUGUGGAGCUGGGCCUCCUUGUAGGAAUAAUCUUUUCCAUGAUCUGCUUCAUCUUUAGGACUCAAAAUCCAAAGGUCUCCCUCCUGGGCCGGGUUGAUGACUCCGAUUUUUACGAGGACUUGGAAGAGUAUAAGAACCUUGUGGCACCAUCUCGGGUUCAGAUUUUUCGCUUCCAGGCUCCUUUGUACUACGCCAAUAAGGAGACUUUUCUCAAGUCUCUCUACAAAGCUGUCGGAGUCGAACCCUUCUUGGAGCUGACCAAAAGGAAAAAGGCAGAGAAGAAGGCCAAAGAUGCAUCUGCGAAGCAGGCCAAGGCGAACGGAGAGAAAAACAAUGGAGAUGUUGUAGUGAGACUGGUCCAAAGAGAACUGGAGUUCCACACAAUAGUUUUAGACUGUUCUGCAAUCCCUUUCAUAGAUUCAGCAGGCUUGGCUGCUUUUCUAGGGCUGGUCAAGGAAUAUAAAGGGAUUGGUGUGAGUGUACUCCUUGCCUGUUGUAACACCUCACUCAUUGAUACCCUGCAGAAGGGAAAAUUGUUUGGUAAGAAUGACGAAGACAUGGGCAGCCUUCUGUUUCACACAGUUCACGCUGCUGUUGUCCAUGCUAACAGGGCAGCUGCAGCCGCAGAGAGCAGGUCAGAGGACUCUGAGGUGUAGGUGAGCCAGAGGAGAAAGAGAAAAGAGAAAAUAUGUGCCCGGUUCGUUCCUCUGUUUGAUUUCCCACUGGUAUUGUGAAAAAAUGCUUAGGCAGUAUCAGUUUGGGCAUUAAAUGCUUUUUUGUAACCCUUCUUUUUAGAAAACAGUGGAAAAGAUAUUUUUUAAGCUUUGUGCCUAUUGAAUUUGAUCCAAAGCCUUCUGUUUCAAAGAUAUAAAGAAAUGGAUUCAAGUUGGCAAUGAGUUACGCGAGCCAGAGCAAAUGAACAAUAUGAUGAAGACACAUAUCCACUAAUAAACCAAUGAGAGAGAAAUGGCUUAAAAUAUAACAAAUGUUCUGCUUUUAAAAGUAAAAAAAACAGUUAAGGUAUGAAAUCCGACUUUGCUACAUGCAUUUUUAAAAUCCUUUUAAAGUGUACUUCAUUACUUAAUUUUUUCCAAGUAAGAUGAAGAAAAUUGUGAAAUUAAUGGUUCAAAAAGAGCUGCAGUAGGUGUUCUCAGUCAGUAGCAGUCAGUUUUGUUUUGUUCUGUCAUGAAGUUUCCUCUUUGCAGGAAAAGGAAAUGAGCUGGAGGAGUAGCGACACAAACAAACACAUAGCUUUUAAACUUUUCAGUGCUAACGACUGAAUAUAGACUUUUGCAAUUAGUGUUCAGACAACAGUUUUACAUAGUCUAGAGUUAAGUGAACCUGAAUGUUUUUCAGGAGCUACCCCUGAAAAAGCAUUAGUGACAUCAGUAAAUAAGUUGUAAUAGCAGAGUAAGCACUGAUGAACUCUGAAUCUCUGCAUGCUUGCCUGUAGUGCAUAACUGGAUGGAUGUUUGUUUGUUUUUAUUUUAUUUUUUUUUACCUUUUUUUUCAUUCCCAAGCUAGUUUCCACUCAGUUUCUGACUAAUGCUCUGUGUGCAGUUUAAAUACAACACACAUGUGCCACAAUAUGAAAGUAUUGUUUAUUGCAAUGAAAGAUAAGUCAGUUCAGUUUAUAUACCUUGAACCUCUUGGCCAAAGUCCGUAAUGGCUUUAACCCGGGGUUGUAGAAUCCAGAUUUAGAGAUUCAUCUUAGUGCCAGCUAUUACCUUGGACGUUAAAUCAUUCGUAAAAGGCUGGUUAAAGUUUUCCUGACACCAGGAAGGAAAGUUAUACAUGACACACGAGGACUAUGUGCUUUUCUCACUAUGAGCUAGGUGAGGGCUCAUUACAACAUGCUAGUACUAUUGGACUGUUCCAAUGGCCCAAAUGGGGGAAAAAAGCAUGGACAAAAAUAGUAACAUAUGAUUAAGAUGUAUAUGGGGACUUUGCUCAGGUGAAAAUUAAAACAAAAACUGGUGCUUUGAAUCGACGGCAACAGGGUGAUACCAUAAACGUGGACUGAUUCACUGCCAUUGAUUGUUAAAUUCUGACUCUUGUAUCUUUGCUAAACCACAAUUUUUCUUGAUCUCCUUAAAUCUCUUGGGACCGAGUGUUUUAUUUUAAAAUUUAAAAAAUAAUAAUAACUGAGACUACCUAUAUCAAUAAAAAAAUGAUAUGUUAGGCUCAAGUGUUGAAAAACUGUCACGGUAAUAUGAUGCGGACAUGAGACAACUGUAAAUUUAGAAAAUCAUUAUUUUCAUACAUUUAUGUUGUCAUCUACCAUUUCUAAGAUUUUUUUAAAAAAAAACUGGAAUCGUGAUAGUGACUUUUGUUUUUAGCAGGAGUUUCCUUGAUUCUCCACUUAGAGACAGAGUUGACGUUCAACAUCAUCAAAUGUUUUUUUAAUGUUUAACACUUAAAUUAAACUGUGUCUUUAGAGAAACACCUGUGGGUGUGAUUUAUUAUCACAAUUACUAAUAUUAUUGUUAAUUAAAAUUGGUUAACAAACAAAAGAAUGUCAUAUAAAGAGAGACUACUUAUCAUUUUGAUAGAAAAACAUGCAUUCAACCUACAAUGGCCAGUACUUUAUACUUCGUAAUUGAGAAACAUUAUUCUGAAAUUGUUUCACAUUAUAAAAAUGCAGCUUUUUGCAGAUUGGUGUUUGUGAGAAGCUCUGCCUCUCUAACAUGCUUCUGUUUAAACCCAAUCAUGUUACUGACCUGUUACAGAACACCCUUAAUUGGAAAAUAUUCCUCCAGGUUUUUUUUUUUUCCUUUUUAAUACUUUAGCACUUACUUUUCAACCCUUUUGUUGCCCCUGUCUUUUUUGAGAUGUGUUGCUGCCAUCAAAUUCAAAAUGAGGUAAUA